AUUUGGCUGCAAAGCAACAGCAUCCACAUAACUAAGCGCAAGGUGUUUGUAGCAGCAGUAGACUUGGCUGAAGGCAAGGUUAGCGACAUUGCUGUUGACAUUGCCGCCGAAUUCAAUGCGAGCAAUGCCACGACGGUAAGUCGGCAAACCGUGGGAAGACGCCUGAACAGUGCAGGUAUCUAUGGAAGGCGACCCGCUAAGAAGCCGCUCAUCACGAUGAAAAAUAGAAGAGCUAGAGUGGACUUCGCGCGCCGGUACCUCAAGUGGACUUCAGCUGACUGGGGUAAUGUACUAUUCACGGACGAAAGCAAGUUCAAUUUGUUUGGGAGUGACGGUAUAAGAUUUGCACGACGUCCUCGUAACGAAAGGUACAACCCAAGGUACACGCGACCUACAGUCAAGCAUGGUGGAGGGUCCGUCAUGGUAUACGGCGCGAUAUCGAUGAAUGGAAUGGGCCCAUUUUUGAAAAUUAGCGGCGUAAUGACGGGGAAAUCGUACAGGGAUAUGAUAAUCAACGCUGUGCUGCCGUGGGCUCAGGAGAACACGCCACCAGGAUGGGUUCUACAGCAGGAUAAUGACCCGAAGCACACUUCAAGAGCUGUGAAGGCGGCUUUCCAAGAGCAACAAGUCACAGUUCUUGAGUGGCCGAGCCAAUCCCCUGACCUGAAUCCCAUAGAACACAUAUGA